AUUUGCAUCAGCAAGAGAAGUAUUUGCUUACUGCUCAGCUCACCCCAUGCAUUGUUUACAGUGUCAUAGCAACCCCACUUUGCUGGGAGACAUGCAGCAGAGGCAGGCUGCCCUGGUGCAGACCAGCACUCACCAGCCAGGUCCAGGAACUCUGCAGCUUCUAUUUCUGGUCUGCAGUCAAGGAUUUCGCCUUUGCAAAUGAGAUUGUAAUCUUGUAGGUGUGGGUGCUGGCCCUUACGUGUGUAGAUCCAGGAUGCAGUCGAAGAGGCUAACCACUGAGCCUCCAUGUAUAACAGAAGAAGUGUUUGAGGAAUUCUUAGCCACAGAUGAUAUGCUUGUGGAAUACUUUAAUGAAUUUUUGAGUCUUCCGACAUUUGCCCAGCCAGUUAAGUUUAACUCUGACUUUGGGGUUUUUGAAGUUGUUAAUGAUGCCCCACAAUGCCUUGAAAACCAGCUGAAAAAAAGUCUACAUGAGCAGAAAUCUCCAAAGCCCAUUUAUGAUGCUCUAAGGAAAGUAAAGAAUGAUGGGCACCUCUCCAAAAUGCGCAGUGCUUCUCCAAACUUCAAUAUUGAUGCAAAUUACAACACUAUGUGCCUUGAUCGAGAACAAGCAAUUCAGUGGAUUAAGAAAGAAAGGCUUCCAGCAUUUCUUGAAAGCGACUGUUACUUUGAAUACAGGCUAGCUAAAUUGAUAUCACAGGUAGAAUGGAGCAAGACCGGCAUUAAUUUCAUUAUUGAUAAUGGCUAUUACCCCUGGAUAAGGAAGCAAGACCCCAGUCCUCCCCCUCCUGAGGAGGAUGACACUUCAACGACUAUGAGAAAGUUAAAUAUAUCGCUUGGAGAGGCUACAGUUUCUCAGACAAAGGAUUGGUUUACAUUAGCAAAAGGAAGUGAAUUAAUGAAAACUACAGAUUCAUUCUCACAUCCUGUAGCUUCUAAUCAAAUUCAGUGUUUGCCUGGACAGCGUGAAAGAGACGAUUCAUUAAGUGAAAAAGAUAGUCUUCUGGAAGCAGGUUCCCUGUCUAAGGAAGGCCACCAAUGGAGUUUCCUUCACCCUUCAAGGAAAGCAAAAGCCAUCAUUUUAAGGAAGACAUGCAGAGAGGCUGAGGAGGGCUCUUCUGUGGCCACUGCUGAACCACCUGCUCAUACUCAGUUAAGAGUUUAUGUAGACCCGAAAUGGGACAGUGCAGCAAAAGAAAAAAAUGAACAGGAAAGCGUAACUAUUCAGACACCAGGAGAAUUCAUACCAGAUUAUACCCAACUUGUAAUGAAGGAACCUGCUUCAGAAUCGACUCACCAGCCAACUGCUGACAUUCACAGUAAUGUGGAUUUCCACAAACAGCCUGAACUAUUUAUACAUGAGCUAUCAAAUAAUGAAUUUGUCCAUGGCACUGCAGAGUCACUCCUUUCCCAAAGUUCUCCAUUUUCUGUCUUGGACUCCCACAGAGAUGUAAGAGAACAAGACACUGAAGAAGUAAGCUUAAAAUCAAGUUCUGAAAGUGGUGAGUCAGACAGUAGAGCCUGGUGUAUUAGUUACAGGACUUCUGAUACUGGCAACAGACAUGAGUUUGAGAGAUUCAAGAAGUUCAUUAAAGGAACACUUGGGGAGAGGUACUGGUGCCUCUGGAUGGAUAUUGAAAGACUAAAGGUGCUCAAAAAUACAACAAGGCAGCAAAGGCAACUCAAUAAGAUGAAGAAACUGUAUCUUUUGAGCAGUGGAGACUACUUCCUCAGUUCAGAAGUGUUACUCAGGCUUAACUUGCUGCAUGGAGAUCAGUGGAAUGUAAGGCAUUUAAGACGGAUUCAGCCUGAAGUAGUGAAACCUCUGCUUCUUUACUGGGGUCCCAGAUUUUGUGUCACUUAUUCAACAGCAAUACAAACUGCCAGUGCAAAACUGAAGAUGUGGCACACAUGCCAACAGAGACCAAGGGUGGACAUUGAUCCUUUUCCACAUAUAGUAUCAUUGCUACCAUUGACACUUAAGUCUUCCAUACCCAAGAUACCACCUUCCCUUUCUCAGAAAAGUAGAACGAGCUCACCAACAACUUUAUUAAAACCACCUAUGCCAAAUUUCUCUUUGAAGAAAUCGUCAAGAUUAUCACCUACCCUACCAUCAAGACAGAGACCCCAAAGAGAUGACAUUUCUACCAGUAGAAAGUGGGCAAAGUCAGCCAACAGAGACAUGAUUCAUUACUCAGCUUUGGAUGACACCAAAGACUCAAAAUACCAGGGCCGUAGAAAGUACACCUAUGCUGAGCUGCUCCAAGGGGAAAGUGCUGCUGGCAGUGCUGUCUUAAGGAGAUCAAGAAUGGAAAGCAUGCUGCAGUCUCUUUAUUUGGACAACAGAGCAGGCUACUACUUCACACAGUUCUGUGAGAAGUCAGGGAAUAAGUUGUGGAAGAACAGCGUGUACUUUUGGUUUGACCUACAAGCUUAUCAUCAGCUUUUCUACCAAGAAACUCUUCAUCCUUUCAAAAUCUGCAAACAAGCUCAAUUCCUUUAUGCAACUUACAUUGCCCCAUCUGCCAGUAUGGACAUUGGACUUCAUCAGAGGAAGAGAAACAUGAUUUAUCAGAAAAUUGACCCAGCUUUUGAAGAUCUUUUUGACCCAGCAGAAGAAUAUAUCCUCACUGUUCUGAUAGAACCAUGGAUGAAGAUGAUGGAAGAAGACAAAUAUACUUACAGAAAGGUGGAGCUGGUGGAGGAAAGUCGACAGCUGGACUCUGUGUACUUUAGAAAGCUCCAGGCUUUGAAUCAAGAGAGUGGUUCCAAGAAGGAUGAGAGUACUGUUGCUGACACUGGUCUGCCAUCUUGCCCUGAUGCUCUCAAAGAAGACGAGCACUUGCGUCAAGUUCCCAAAGAACUGACAGGUCCUAAUCUAUCUGACCUCAUCCAUGACAAAGAUAAGUUAGAACACUUCUGGGCUUUUCUUAAUGAGCGUUCUGCUAGCAUGGAUCUCAUGUGCUGGCUAGAUAUGGAACAGUUCAGAGAGAUGCUCCACAAGGAUAAAGAAAAUAGGGAAGAAAAAUCUCAAGACAUUAAAAAAAAGUACUUCAACAAACAAUACUUCUUUGGACCCAACAGCCCAGCUACCAGCGAACAACAAGAACAGAUAAUUCAUUCAGGUGGAGGAUGGGAACAAAUCCUUCAGGAUCAACUUUCGGCAACAGUUCUGCUAGAAAUUCAACAAUGUGUUCAGAAGAGAUUAGAAGAACAAUGGCUGCCAUUGUUCCUGGCAGAUGAACACCAUCGGGUGGAGGGACAAGCGAAGAUAAGGGACAUAAGUGAAGAUCUUUCACGACAAAACCAGAAGACAACUAGGCUGUGGAAGCAUGCGAACAAUAAGUGUGUUUCUUCAUCUAGUGAAGUAAUUGCUUUCCGCAAAGCACUGUUGAAUCCAAUAACAGCCAAUGAAUUUCAACGUUUUGUGUCACUGCAAGGAGAUCUACUGGCGAAUGGAUUGCUCUUUUGGCAAGAGGUCCAGAAGUAUAAGGACUUGUGCCAUUCUCACUGUGAUGAAACCACAAUCCAGAAAAAGAUCACCACUAUUAUUGACUGCUUUAUUAAUUCUGCCGUACCUCCAGCUUUGCAGAUUGACAUCCCAAUGGAACAAGCAAAGAAGAUUUUGGAGCACAGGAGAGAGCUAGGACCUUACAUUUUUAGAGAGGCACAGAUGAGUAUUUUUGCUCUUCUGUUUAAAUUUUGGCCAAAAUUUUGUAAGCUUCAAAGCAAUGUGGCUAGUGACAAAAUUCUACUUGCCUUGGAGAGAAAAAAGGGAAAAAAGAUGCAAAAGAAGGAAGAUGGAACAGCAGAGACUUACAUUUUCCAUCUGUUUGUUGCCUCUCUAUAAGAUUUCUGAUUAAGAUCAAGGAAGUAAAGAGCAAAUCUUGGCCAGGAGGACAAAAGCUCAGCUUUUAUGGAGAACAAAUGGGAAAGGUGAAUUACCCUUCUAAGCUGGGAAAUAGGAUAAGAAAUUUUAGAAGGUGACAGGCAGAGAAUGCACUUUAGUAAACAGUCUGCAGACUACUCUCACAAAAAAAAAAAAUAAAGAAAACCAAUUACUUUGUAAAAUUUCCUGAAAGAAUAGGUGGAACAGGUAAGUUUUAAAAACCCUUUUCCCUUUCUAUUAGUGUUUAAGGAAUUUGCUAUUUCCUGUUCUCUUGCCUAAGAUUUCUGUCCUCUCGGUAACAAAACUAUUCAACUGAUUCAGUAUCCCUGAAGAAUACUGAUAAGGUUCAUCUAAAAUAAGUGAUAGCAGGUUCACUUGGCAUCUUGUAGAAGGUGAUGAUUUCUUGGCAUUUAAAAUAAUGUCUGCACUCACUGGUCUUGCCAGGCUCAUGCUGAAGGAGAGUAAAGCUCUGGGAAGGGUUAGAAAAAAUAUGUUGUUAUAUAUAUCUCCCCAUCCCUGGCCCCACAAAUCAGUUGCCAUUUUGGGUUUAUGUCAAACAAGAAUCAGGAUCCUGAGGGAGAAAUACUACUUUCUCUUUCCUCACAAAUUUGUCCCUAGGGUGCCAAAUCUACCUGGACUCACCUUAAUUUCUGAACUGACUGGGUAGGAGUUGGACUUUUAUGUACUAUAAUGGAAGAAAUGGGCAGACAAGAAAUUUUUCACUGGACAAUGAUGCAUGACUUAGUAUGACUUAGUAUUAUUUGACAAUAAUUUUUGUGUGUGACUAGUUGUUAUUUAUUCAGCAAACCAUAUCAAAGGCUUCCUGGCAAUUGACUCAGGGCAAGGGAGGAGUGGCUGACAGCCGCUCUCCCCACAGCGAGGGACGCCAACCAAGCACAGUACAACGCAAAGACCUCUUAUCUGGAAAGCAGGAAG